AUGGUGUUCGUGUACAUCCGGAUAUACUUCGCGGCCAAGGCCCGGGCGCGGCGGGGAAUCCGGAAACCACCGUCGAAACCGAAGAAGGGCGCGGCCAAAGCGGCGGCCAAAGCGGCCAAAAACGCGGCGGCGGCCAGCCCGUCGACCGUGUCGCAGACGACGAGUUUCAUCACGCGGCCACCGCUGCAGCCGUUGGCCGCGGACCUGACCGGCAUGUCGUGCGUCCGGUCGCCGCCAGCCACGCCGGUCAACGCCACGCUACCGGUGAUCGCUUGCGAUUACGCGAGCGACGCGAGCACCAGCGACGUGAGCAAAGACGGCGACAAGGACACGCUCAAAGUGUUCACGACGCAGGGCAGCCGUCGGCUGACGGUCAACGGCGACCUGCAGGGACCGGGGGGCCGGUGUCGGGCGUCCAGCGUGGCCGUGGACGCGGACAUGGUCAGCGAGCUGGAACCGUCGUCGUCCGACUCGGGCAAUGUGCAAAAGUGUGGCGUCGUCAAGCCGGUCAAGUCGCGGCUGUGCAAGCCGAUAUUCGGCGGCCGGAGCAAAUCGGCCAAAGCGGCCGCGGCGGCGUCGGCCAAGGCCAAGCGCGACAUACUCGACACGGGCAGGGUGUCCAUGGCCAGCCGGUGCGGUGGCGGCGACUUGUCGCCGGCCGCGUCCGCGGCCUGCGCGUCCGGCUCGUCGGGCGCGGGAGCGGGCGGCGCCUCGUCCGUCGGCGGCCUGCCGCCGCGACCCAAGCCGCGGGACCCGGAGCGCGAGAAGCGGCGCAUAGCGCGGAAAAAAGAAAAGCGCGCCACGCUCAUACUGGGCCUGAUCAUGGGCUCGUUCAUCGCCUGUUGGCUGCCGUUCUUCUUCAUGUACAUACUGACGCCCCUGUGCUCGGUGUGCUACAUACCGCCGCAGGCGUUCACCAUUGCGUUCUGGCUGGGCUACAUGAACUCGGCCAUCAACCCGGUCAUCUACACGAUAUUCAACAAGGACUUUCGCCGCAGCUUCCGACGAGUGUUGUUCAAAUGAUGACGGGCCGUGUUUUCAGAUUUUUUUUUUCUU